AUGCCGCCGGGCAUAAUCAAACAAAUGAGGAACUUCACUAACUCAAACUGUAUCAUUCUCGCACCUGUGGAUGUGCGAGUCCCUCUUGAUUACAAGGUGGUCCAUCAAAUAGUCAGAGAGCUCACAGUUGGCAUCUAUUGUUUCAACCAAGUGCCAUGUAUAAGUCUUGAGCCCAACUUUGACCAGAGCACCUCGUGCCAACUGUCUCCAGCAUAUUAUGAUACGAAAGUAGGACAAAUUUUGGUUAAUGUUGACUACACCAUCAAGGCUCUUUGGCAUGGAGCCAAUAUUCCUAGAGAAAAUCGCAUUCGCUUCUCUGAACUCUGGAGAAGCAGCAUGGGUGUCGACUCAAAUGGAGUGCCCCAGACAAAGAAAGAUGUGUUUGCAGAGUUUCUCACUGCAGGUCUUCAGGACAUCUCAGAGGAGCCCUGUUACCAGGGCAUAUACAACAUGGAAGUCAAUGUGGAUCCUACCUACGACCCCAACAGUGCAGAGGAGGAGAGGCUUUUUUCCCAACACCAGGAGAGCAUCCUGCUUAAGCUGACAUCCUACCUGUCCUCUGUCCGACAGCACGGCAACCUGUUUGUGUUCGAGGGCGCCCACAGUCUGGCCAGUGUGGUGAGGCUGACUGAGGAAAGGCUGGAGCUGGCCACCUAUCAGAGGCUGCAGCAGAGGCUGGGUCUACAAGCAGGCCUGGUUAGGGGCUGCUUGGAGAGGAAGGCAGAGGUGUGCAGAGACCUGGCUUACCUGCGCCUCCUCACUUUCCUGGUGCCCUUCCUGGUAGGGCUAAAGAAGAGGAUGAAGAUCCCAGACCUGGCGCAGAUGCUUCCGGCUUACUCAGAUGAUAAACUGAAGACAGAGAGGGAAUUACCACCAUUGCUCCUUAGACCUGCGUUUGCCUGUAAACAUUUUCCGUACAAGUCUGAUGAGUAUUUUCACCUUCACGGUGGAAUUGAAGUUGACAUCGGAACCCCUCAGCUAGAGGAAGUCUCUGAGGAAACAAAGGAAACCUUUGCUGCACUGCAGAGUCUUGCAGUGGAUCACCUAAGAGAUCUGCUAAGUCAGGACACCACCUACAAAGAGCACUUCCCCGUACCAGUCCACAAGGUCAACGGCAAUAACUAUCAUGUGAUCUCCAUUGAGGUGGGCUCAUUCUACCCUCAGCCUAACGUGGUUCCAUGGUGGGAGGCCCUCAACACUACCAUCAAAACCCUGAGAGGGAAGAGAUUGCCUCUCUCUGACGUCCAGCUGCAUGAGCAGUUCAAGAAGACAUUUGGCUACAAAAAGGCCAUCAAUUGCAAGGCUUGUAUGAUCGUGUGUGUUCUUUCUCACUGGGUUCAGAGUGUGCCAUUUGGCCUGCGUGCUGCGGCAGAGCGUGGCCUAUCCGCUGUGUUUUACUCGCUGUGCCGUCGGAACUCUCCAUCUCACCUGGGAGUCCUGGACGAGCAGGGCUACUCCCUGCUGCACCACGCCGCCAAACACAACCACACUCACAUCAUCUGCCAGCUGGCCACCACCGGGGUCAACCUCAACCAGAAAAGCAGUGGCAGGUUCAGCCGCACAGUGAAAUCUGGAGGUGGCGGUGGGACCCCAAAAGAAGGAGCUGGUUCCACUCCCAUGCACCUGGCUGCUCAGUGUGGUUCCCUGGAGGCCAUCAGCUGUCUGCUGGCUCUGCAGGCCGACCACCGGCUAGUGGACCGCAGGGGCUGGAUGGCUGUGCACUUUGCUGCCUACUACGGCCAGGUGGCCUGCAUACAGGCCCUUUGCAGGAAAGACCCAGAGCUUGUGGAGAUGCAAACCACUGCCGAGUACCGCAGCUGCCCGUUGCUCCUGACGGCCACAUCUGGCUCCGUGGAGGCCCUGGACUACAUGCUGUCCGCGGGAGCCAACUGGAGGAGGAGGGACAGCAAGGGCAACGACGUCGUGCAGCUGGCCGCCCUCUACUUCCACCCCAAAGUCCUCAGGCACCUCAUCUCGCUGGGCCUGCCGGACCUGCCUGUCUGGAAGAUCCUCGUGGAGAUGCUGCACAGCGAGGACCACCGCAGGCUGGAGAUGGCCAUCCGCUGCCUGGAAGCUCUGUGUGUCACGGCCAAGUCCUUCUGGAGGGAUAUCAUGGAUGCAGGAGGGAUCCCGGCCCUGUUGGAGCUAAUGCGCAGCACGAAACCAGCGCUGCAACGUAUGGCUACCGCCGUGGUGUGUCACAUCUCGGAGAGGACACCCGUGUGUGAGGCCCUGGUGCGCUAUGGUGCCGUGCCGGUUCUGGUCAAUCUGCUGGGCAGCCAGCAGGCCGAGCUCCACUCCCGCUGUGCCCUCAUACUGGCAGACCUGGCAGGGCACAGUGACCAGUACCAGUCCCUCAUAGCCCAGCAGGGUGGAGUGGCCCCGUUGGUGAGGCUCCUGGGCUCGGACCUACAUGAUGUGCUGGUGAACACUGUGCGGUGUAUCAAGGCGCUGUGUGUCCGUAGCCCCGGCAAUCAGACGGCCGUGGCUUUGGCUGGGGGGAUUCCACAACUUGUGGAGCUCUUGACUGUCAGAUCAGAACUGUUGCAAGAGGAGGUGUGUGCGGCUCUGGCUGAGCUGGCUAAGGGACACCGGGAGAACCAGGACACCAUCUGUGGAGUGGGCGCCGUGGCCCCGUUGGUGCUCAUACUGCGGGGGAGGAAGAUAGCCGCGCAGGUGACUGCAGCCAGAGCCCUGGAGGCCAUCGCUGAUCACAACCCUGCCAUUCAGGCCCGCUUUCUGAAGAAGUCGGCCGCCAAGCACCUCCUACGACUCUUAAAGGUGUUCCAGGUGGAGGCGAGGGAGCAGGGGGCCGUCUCUCUAUGGGCCCUGGCAGGACACACUCUGAAGCAACAGAGACUCAUGGCAGAGCACAUCGGCUACCACUUCAUCCUCGAGCUUAUCCUCUCCUCCUCCGACAGGAUGCAAUAUGUCGGCUGCCAGGCAGUUAUAGCACUGAGCAGGGACAGUCGGAGCCACCAGGACGGGCUGUGUAAAGAAAAUGGGGUGCCCCCGCUGGUUCGUCUACUACGAGGGUCCCGGACCACAGAGAGUACCCUCCUCAGCGUUAUACGAUCCCUGGGCAUCCUGUGUAUUGGAGGGGCACACACCAAUAACCCAAACAGCCAGAGGGUCAUAGCUGAGGAGCAAGCCAUUCCAACUCUGUUAGAACUUGUGAAGCACCAAGAAUCACUGCAGGUCAAGGUCCAAGUGGCUCAAACACUGGCCUGUGUGCUUCUGGGAAACCAGGACCUACAAACAACCUUCUGGGAAAAAGAGGAGUUUACCUACGAAACAGUUCUAGAGUUGCUGCGAGUGCCAGAUCAGGACAUCUGCCUGGAGGCUGGUUAUGCCCUGUCUCUGUUUGCCUACAACAACACCACCCAGCAGGCAGCCAUCCUGCAGAAUGGUGGCAUUCCCAUAGCCAUGUACGAACCCUUCUUGAACUCCAGGAACGAGAUGGAGAGGGCCAAAGCUGCUUUUCAGAUAGUUGUGCUGGCCAAAGUGAUCACAGACACAGAUCAGGUGACUCUGUCUGCCAGAGGGGUGACUGUCCUUGUAGACCUUCUGCAGUCCACUAAUCCCAACACUGUGGUCCUGACAGCUCAGUUGCUAGCCAGUCUGGCUCACACCCGGGCAGGUAUUCCUGAUGCUAUUGUCACCAUGGGAGCUGUUGGUCACCUAUGUGCUCACCUGUAUUCUGAGGAGGAAGAGGUGCGAACGGCAUCUUCAAGUGCCCUCGGCUACCUCACCUUUAACCGUCACGCACAUCGCCUCUUGUUGGUGGAAUGUCGAAACACUCCAUCUAUGUACAACCUUUUGACCCAGCAUCUCAUCGAGGAUGCCAAGAUCUCACACAUUUUUACUGCGGAGUUCGAAAGGCAGAAAAUAGUGGGGCUGCCAUCACUAAGUUUGGAGAUAAAUGGUGGCCCACCUGUUCCUCAGCGCAACAAAAAAGGUUUAUCCAAAAAGACAAGCCGCACUCCUGGCCUGUCAGUGUCUGCAGGCCACUUUGGGAGGACCAGCUCGGCUCCAGUUCUCCAGCUUCAACCCCAGAGGAGCAGGACAGCCAACCCCAAGGUUAGGCUGCAGGGAGAGGGGCCAACCCAUAGCUCCCAGCCCACUCCAUACACCCUGGAGUCACUGAGGCUGGAUAAGGACAGCCAGUGGCCCCGGCAAAAGCAGUGACCCUGGAGGUCAGCAUAGGAUCUAGCCUGACUGGGCAAGCUUAAAGUUGUAUUGAAAUGAUGACUCAGGGAGCCAUUCUAUUUAUGUUAAAGAUGAAUAUAUUAGAUUUAUAUUAUUAAUGGGAAUGACUGACUUAAUGGUAUAAUAUAUUGGAAGUCGAUUGAAUAAAAAAAACGAAAUGAAA